GUUCGCCCCGCUGUUUGGCCACGCCCCCGGCGAAGAUGGCGGCGCUGCGGGCGCUGCGGUGGCGGCGGCGGCUCCCGGGGCUCGUCCCGCGGCGGCUCCUGGGGACGGCCGAAUCCCCCGAGGAGCGGCCGCAGUUCCCGGGGGCCUCGGCGGAGUUUGCGGAGCGCCUGGAGUUCAUCCAGCCCAACGUCCUGGCCGGGAUCCCGGUGUACCGGGUCAUGGACCGGCAGGGACACGUCCUGCGGCCCAGCGAGGACCCUCAGCUGCCCAAGGAGCAGGUGCUGAAGCUCUACAAGACGAUGACGCUGCUCAACACCAUGGACCGGAUCCUCUACGAGUCCCAGCGUCAGGGCCGCAUCUCCUUCUACAUGACCAACUACGGCGAGGAGGGCACGCACGUGGGCAGCGCCGCCGCGCUCGAAGCCUCCGACCUCGUCUUCGGGCAGUACCGCGAGGCAGGUGUGCUGCUGUACCGCGGGUACCCCCUGGAGCUGUUCAUGGCCCAGUGCUACGGCAACGCCAGCGACCCCGGCAAGGGCCGGCAGAUGCCGGUGCACUACGGCUGCCCCGAGCGCCACUUUGUCACCAUCUCGUCCCCCCUGGCCACGCAGAUCCCGCAAGCUGUGGGAGCCGCCUACGCCAUCAAGCGCGCGGACGCCAGCCGGGCCGUGGUCUGCUAUUUCGGGGAGGGGGCCGCGAGCGAGGGCGAUGCCCACGCCGGCUUCAACUUCGCCGCCACCCUGGAGUGUCCCAUCGUCUUCUUCUGCCGCAACAACGGCUACGCCAUCUCCACCCCCACCUCCGAGCAGUACCGGGGCGACGGCAUCGCGGCGCGCGGACCCGGCUACGGGCUGCUGUCCAUCCGGGUGGACGGCAACGACGUCUUCGCCGUGUACAACGCCACGCGGGAGGCGCGGCGCCGCGCCGUGGCCGAGAACCAGCCCUUCCUCAUCGAGGCCAUGACCUACCGGAUCGGGCACCACAGCACCAGCGACGACAGCUCCGCGUACAGAUCCGUGGAUGAGGUGAAUUACUGGGACAAGCAGGACCACCCCAUCUCGCGCCUGCGGCACUACAUGGCCAACCGCGGCUGGUGGGACGAGGAGGAGGAGAAGGGCUGGAGGAAGAGCUCCAGGAAAAUGGUGCUGGAGGCGUUCGAGCAGGCGGAGCGGGAGCCGAAGCCGCCGCCUCACCUGCUCUUCUCCGACGUCUACCUGGAGAUGCCCCCGCGGCUGCGCCGGCAGUGCGCGGAGCUGGAGCGGCACCUGGAGACCUACGGGGAGCACUACCCGCUCCAGCAGUUCCAGAAGUGAUCCCGGCAUUCCCGGGAAUUCCCUGGAAUUCCCUCAGUGCCCCCGGAAUUCCCUGAGCACCCCCAGAUCUGCUGGGAAAGCCCCCAAAUGCACCCUUUUCCCCCCAGAGCCGCUCUGAUCCUGACCCCAAAAUCCACCUGGAGACACCCCCCCCCCCUGCCCAGGGAGCCUUUCCCACUCCAGCGGUUCCAGAAGCGAUCCCAGGAAUUCCUGGGAAUUCCCUGGAAUUCCGUCAGCACCCUCAGAAUUCCCUGAGCACCCCCAGAUCCACCCUGACCCCCCAAUAAAUUAUUUGGGAGAGGAA